UUUUUUUUUCCUUCCGGUUUCCAUAAUAGCAACUUUAUAAUGACCCAUGAACAAUCUAAAAUGUCCUUGGAAAAAGAUAAUGAUUCACCAGAACAACAAACUGUAUCAGAACCAAUCGAUCUUUUAGGUUCGACUAUGCAAGAUGUACAGACAUCGUUUUCUUCUGUAUAUUCGACCUUACAAAGAACUUUAGAACAGAAUGUGCAAAUGACUCAAACCAUGAACCGUGUAAUACAUCAUUUAUUUCAAACAAAUAUCAAAAUUGGUACAAGAUUGGAAUAUGAUCAAGGUACGACUCGAUUGACCAUUACAGUCCAUAAUGCAACAGCAUUUCCUGUCAUUGGAUUAUCUGCUAAAUUGGAUUUCAAACCCAUCAUCCAUUCUUUACAUAAAAGUGAUCUUGAUAGAUCAUCCAUCAUACCUCAGACCCCUUUAUUGAAAUUAAUAUCUUCCUCUCAUCAUAUGACGACAACUGAUGGACAUUCCAAUCAAUCAGUAUCAUCACUCUUUUUGACAUCCUCAUCAUCCACCAGCAUUCCACCAUUAUUAUCUAAUAUGAAACAUGUUGAAAUUAUCACUAUCAAUACAUCUCAACCAACUCAAUAUAAUGGUAUCAUUGAAAUUCAAGUACCUGUACCUGGAAGUACUGAAUCUGUUCAUUUAAAUCAUUCUUUUGGUUUAUAUUUGGUUGAUCAGUUAAAGAAAAUUGUCCUUCCUUCUCAUUUAUAUCAACAACAAGUAGAUGUAAAAGGUGAAAAUAGAACUUAUCAUGGACAAUUUUUACGGGAUACAUUUGCUCUUGAUCCGGUGUUAGGGCUCGAAAAGGGUAUGCUUAUUUGUUUGGAACCAUCGUCCUCCGCCUCUUCUUCCGAUGACAAGAUCAUGUGCAGAAUAGAAUCUAUUUCUUUAGAUCCUUGUCAUAUUCAAGUCCGGAUCUUUGGGGAAAAUAAAUGUUUGGUGGAUAAUUUAGUAAAUGAAUUAGAUAGUCUAAAUAAAAUAGUUUGUUAGAUAGAUUAAAUAAAGUCUAUGUAUGUAUGUUAUUGUUUUGAUAUUUUUAUUUUUCAAAUAAUAAAUAAAAAUCAUUUAACAUAUAGGACAAUAAA